CAUUCAAUGGCGUCGUAGUGAAACUUUUUACACAAAACUGUCAAAACUCUGAACGGUGUUGUAAUUAUUACUAAACAUGAAAUUCAUUUGAAAUUAGAUUAAGGAAUUGGUCUUAAAAAAUAUCGAAUAACAGGAUUAAAAUGGCGUCGAUGAAUAAUGUCCCCAAGGAAAUACUUGAGAGUAUGCGAGAAUGUCUUGACAGGAGACUUAAGUUGUCCAUUAAACGCCUGGUUAACUAUGAAACAAAGAAAGAAAAACUUGAGAACAGGGUGCUAGCUUUUUCUACCUACAGACUAUUUGUACUGACAGCAAAAGCACCCACAAAGGUUGAAGCUCAUUUCCAUUACCUUGAAAUAAAAUCACUUGAGAGCAAACGACCAAAUCAACUGGUGAUAUCUACCAAUGGGAAGACAUUCACUUUUGUGUCUGUUGAGGGCUCAAAUGACUCGGACGAGUUCACAAACAUGGUCACUCACAUUGGAACCUCCCUGAAAACCAUCUUCCCGACCCUUCCAUUGGAACGGUUGAUCAAGAAGAUAGACAUCCUGCCCGCAGACCGUCUCCGGGUGAUGUAUGACCUCUUGCGCGCCAUUGAGUCUCGUGAGCCGGGUCCGUGUGGGGGAUUCACACUCAUGUACGCCAGCAUGUGUGACUUCCAUGGCCUCAUGUACAGGGAUGAGGUUGCCUGGGAUGUUGAUACUAUCUACCUCUCCCAGGAUUCCAAGGAACUUUGUCUCCGGGACUUUGACCACCUCAAAGAAAGGGACCUGGUGCCUAUAGUAUCUGCCCUUGUUAACAACACAUGGUUCACUGGACUAAUCGCAAGCAAUAUCAAAUUGGGCACUGAUGUGUGCACUGAGAUAUUGCGUGUGAUGAAGAAGAAUGCUGUGAUAGAAUCUCUCCUGCUGAGUGGAACUGGAAUCUCAACUGACUUUGUGAAGCGUCUAUCCAACAUGCUACUGGCUGGUACCAAUCUUCAUAUCCUGGACAUCUCAAACAAUCAAAGCAUUGAUGACACCGGUGGUGAGUACCUGAUGGGCACGCUGAGUACACGAGGCAGGAAGUGUACCCUGCUGGACAUCUCUGGGACCAAGAUCACAUCCAAGGGCCUGAACAGGAUUGCAGAGGUGAUGAGCAAGCACCCCCACGUGUUCAGUGGCCUCCAGACACUCAAGAUGGCCUCACUGCUUCCCAGCAAAGGGGAGGACCUGCAGGGUCUGUACGCCUUUAUGGCCUCUCCCAACAUGAUCAGCCACCUUGACCUGUCAGCAACAGAGGUGGAGAUAGAUAGGUUGAUGCCGGCUCUUCAGCGAGGUUGCAGUCAGAAUCUGACGGUCCUCAAGCUAUCGAGGGUUGCCUACUCCAAAAAGAAGGAGUGUGUUGUGCAGACGUCCUUCAAGCAGUUCUUCUCAUCUGCCUACACCCUAAAACACGUGGAGCUGGCUAACGUAAAAUUGCCACCCGACGCAAUCAAGGAUCUGUUUCUGGGCCUGGAUUCUAACAGGAACAUCAAGGAUGUCCAUGUGGACCUCAGCGGCUGUGAGAUCUCCAUGGAGGGAGCCAAGAAUCUCACUGAGUGUCUCUGCUCUGGUCGCAACAUCACAAGGCUUGAUAUCGGGGGCAUCAUCAAGAGUCCUGGUACAGGCCUAUCGGAUCGGGAUCUGAUUCACAUAUUGGAGAACAUUGGCAGGAAUAACAUGAUCAAGGCACUGUCAUUGGGCCAGAUUUUCAACAGCGUUAAGCCAAAAAAUUUAAAAGCUGUGUUGGAAAAAUUGGUUGAAAUUCUUCAGGCUGAUAACUCAGUGCUGGACACCCUGUCCUUGGCUGAUUCCAAGCUGAGAGACAACAUCAACCUGAUCAUCAACGCCCUCGGUAGCAACGCAUCUGUCACUGAACUGGAUAUCAGUGGCAACCAGAUGGGCGACCUGGGUGCACGCAUGCUGUGCAAGGCUUUGCAGAUCAACAACAAACUCAAGACCAUCCUCUGGGACCGCAACAACACCUCCUGUCAGGGCUUUGAAGACAUCGCACUGGCACUCGAGAAAAACUACACAUUGCGUAAUAUGCCAGUGCCUGUGUUUGACGCAAGUGCAGCCCUGAGGACUGAGUCUGAAUCUGUGCGGACCCAGCAGGCCUUGCAGACCAUUGAGCGCCUGAUUCAGAGGAACCACAGCCCCCAGAAGUACUCCUCUGACCAAGGGUACCGCCUACAGCAGGGGUUCCUACUCAGCUCCACACAACAGAUGUUGGACCGUCUGGUGGUUCAGUCCCAGGACACGAUCAACGCUCUCUCUCUAGACGGUCUCCAGCAUUAUGGCAGCGAUGUGAACACUGCACAGACCAUCAUUGCUGACGCUGACAACACUAAAACGCUGCUGCCAAGGCUUCAUGACAUUGCCAUCCAGUCGGAGAUGUCAAGCAGCCCAGUGGCUGUCAAACUGAGAGAGAUCUCCAAGGAGCUCACGGCUGCACUGGAGACUCAGAUGCAGAGUAUUGUACAUGAAAUGAUGGAGGCAACAGUGAAACAGUGUGGAGGUGUCAUGAAGAAUCAGGACUUUGUGAAGAUGGUUCAGAGCGGUUGUACAGAGAAGAGCGCUCUUCCCAAAGACUUCACCAGUAAUAUCCUGGAUGGGGUCAACACGGAAAUCUUCAACAAACUCAGCGAGUUGAACCUGGCUAUUGCGGCACACAUCUCUGACACAGUUUUAGAUCAGGUCAUAGAUAAGCUCAGUCACAGCCAUAGGACUCUGACCAAUUAUCUCAAUGAAAAGCGUAAAGAAAGGAGAGCAACCACCUCAGAUUCACCGCAGACCAGAAAGAUACAGCUUGAUGUGCCUCUGUCUACGGAAUCUCCGAAGACACCACAGCGCAAGAGUAUGUUAGCUCGCAAGAUUCGUCCUCAGUCUGUUAUAGACAGGGAUAUGGUCCAGAAGGCCUUGGAUGCUGCCAAAAAUCAACAAGCUGUUUCCAUGACACCCAACAGUAGCAAACAGGGUCAGGGUUCAAGGUCACCAUUAUCCUACGACCCGCCCCCUGCACCACAUGAUAUUGGAGGGAUAAAUUCUAAACAAUUAAAACAUAAAAAAGAACCAAAGGUGCAAAAAACAAAGCCUAGAAAAAAUAAAAUUUCUAUUCCAACUACUCCAAGCAUAAAAUUGACCUCUGCAAAGGGCAUUGACAUUGACCCUGACCCUGAGUAUGACAAUGCUACUGAUUUAAGGAAAUGUUCACAUCGCUAUGGACACCGCGAUGGCCUGGAUGAGGAGCCAAGUCUUACCCCCGUACCGAAACUUACCCAUGCCUUACCAUCACCAGUUGCUGUUGAUCUUGACUCUAUUGGUGACUUGCCAACGGGCGACCGGCUGACCCAUGUGACCAAGGACCGAGCCCGCCUCAAAAAGAAUGUGCGCCCAACUGCUGGCAGACAAUCUGCCAUGACUGGCUCUACCUCAUCUGAAAAUGUGAAGGUGGAUGAAGGCAUUGAGGGUUUCUUCUCCACUCCUUCUGUGGUGCCCCAGAGUCCUGUGAAGAAUGGACCUAGCAGCUCCCCGUCACCUAGCUCAAAGUCAACACCAGAAAGUAUUAAAAAAACCUUUGGAGGAUUAUUUAACAUGAAAAAAGGCAAAAAAAAUAAAGACGAGAAGAAAAUGUCUUCCAAACAGACUUCCAUAUCAUCAAAGAAAAAAAGAAUUUCCGAAGUUAAGGAAGAAGAGGAAGUAGAUUCUACUGCUAAAGCUGAGACAGCCUCCACUGGCAGCUCAUCAGCCUCUGACAGCAGCAGCCUGAGUGGCAGUGUUAACCUGGCCAAGCAGGCAGGAGGAUCCACCAAGGUCUUGCCUUCACAUAAACCAGUUGACAGCGAAAUAACAAAGUCUUCUGAGCAUGUUGCACAGGAUAAACCGAAAACUCCUACCUCUAGUUUAGAUAGGAAAGCUAAGACUGCUGAUCAUGCAAAAGCAAUUGUUGCAGAAAUUCAAAGGAAGAAUACUCCUACAUCUAGUUUGGAGAGGAAUGCCAAACUCACAGAUGGCUCAUCGGAAGCAGAGACUGACAGCAGUAAAGGCAAACCUGAUAACGGAAGUGGGAAAACAAAUGAUAUAAAAGAAAAUGGUUCUGUGCCUGAGUCAGAGACAACAAAAGAGACAACAAAGGCUCCUAUGAAAGUGCCUAUGCGAUUGCUAUCAGUUGAUAAACAUGAAAAGAAAACAGCUGAUGAUUCAAAGGAAGAGGUCGUUAAGGAACAUAAAAAAGAUGAUGAGAACAAUAAAGAACAAAUUCAGAAUGUUGUUAAAAAAAGUGAUGAGAAGGACGAAAAAGAGGAUGCCGCAAAAGAAAGUUAUGAUAAACAUAAAACUGAGGAAGUUGCAAAGGAAAUUGAGAAAUCAGUAGAAGAAAGUUCAGGUAGUGAAAGUUCGAAUGAGAAAAGUGACCAAAGCUCUGAAUCUGCAGAGAGCAGCUCUGAAGAAGAAGCAGAAACGGUACCAGAUAGCAAGCAUGAUGAGAAGAUAGAGAAGUCAGAAAGUCCUAAAACAGAAUCUGUUUCCAAAGCUGAACUAGAGGAGAAAAAGCCUGAUAAAGAUGCUGUCAUUGCUGAACCAGAGGCCCCCAAACCGGUUACUGUCCGCAAGCCUCCUGGCGCGAUGGGUAUUGGGUUUGACCCCAGUGUGCUUUCUCAAUUGAAGUCUACACAGGAGAAGAGGUUGUCAAAGGUACCGAAGCAGAUACCUGAGCCCGAUAGAACUUCCAAUAAAAGCCCUACAAAAGAGAAGCCACCUCCAUUUGGAGGCUUUCAACUACGACCAGUAUCCAAGGAAAAGUCACCAGUAUUUUCAAAGAAAGAGGAAACUAAAAGUGCUGUUGACAAAGAGCUUAAUGUUAAACCUGGUGCCAUAAGUGCUCCCUUUGAAAAGAAGAAUUUAAAAAGUGAAGAGCGUGCCAAACCCGAAACAGUGCCAAGGCCAUCUGGCAUAACAGCGGUAGGGAAGCCCCCACCCCCUAUGAAGCCCAAACCCACCCCUACCCCUAGACGGAGUAUUCCAUCCUCAGAUGGGACAGAGACAGCUUGGUACAGGCACUCCUAUGACGAACAGCCCUCCAGUAAAACAUCUGAUGUGCCAUCACAAACCCAAACCUCUGCAAAUACUGACAGUGGGGUAGUGUAUGAUUCAGCAACUUUGAAAAAAUCUGUAAAGGAAAAAAUGUCUAUCUUCCAUGCUGAAGACAAGCAAUUCAAGCAAGGAAGGCCACUCUCAAUAACGGUAAAGGGAGAAUUACCUAAAAUAGAGGCUAAGAGAAAUUCAUUGCCACAUAAUGUUGGCAUGGACACAGUCAAAAUGGCAGCAGAGACUGACCAGCAUGCUGAGCCUGUUGACAAUCAGCAUAAAAAAACUCAAGCUGGAGAUAUACAGAAUGCAGAUUCUUCCAAUUCCAUGACUGACAGUGGCAUUGGCAUUGAUGCAGAAUCACCUGGCCGCACUGCAGGCUCCCCUACUACCUCUCAGCGACCCAGGUCCAUGUUAGGGGUUCUCAAAUCCCGACCUGAGCUGGCCAGCCCCCACACACUGGGAACAACACCCGAAGGGGCGGAGGAAAAACCUGCAAAGAAAGAAGAAACCAAGACAGAGUCUGAUGACGACAUUGUCAUGGUGUAGACUGUACACUGUAUAUAUAUAGGUCCUGUACGGAAGUGUGCAGUUGAUGAAUAGACUGAAGUGUCUGUUUUGGACUGUUGAUGUAUUGGUCACACGCUUGUACAAAUAUGCUUUUCAAGUAACAUUUUGUUAGGACCAAUCAAAAGUUGAUAUUAGUGAUGAGAUGUGGUUUACAGUGUUGAUGUUCAUUGCAGAAUAUUGAAGUUUUGAAAUAAGAACUGACCAGAAAAAGAGGAGUGUAUUUUACAUUACUAUUCAACUUAAUCAAGUGUAUAUUAAGUGUGGACCACUAAGCUAUGAUGGAAGCUGGAUGUCAAGUACUAUUGUGUAUUUGUUGUAUUUAAUAUAUUUUAUAAAAUUAAGAUAACUAUUGAUUAUGAAGUAUUUUAAGAGCAUAAGACAAGUUUUUCAAAGACAUUGUGUACAUUUGAUAAAAGAUGCCAGCAUUUUUGUUGUAUUUUAACCGUAUAAAUGGUGCACUGAGAUCCUGUAUCAAGAUAAUAUGAGUUUGUAUAUUGUUUGUUUAUGAGGUCCAUAGAAACUUAAAUGUCAACAGGAUGAGAUCAGCGCUGACUUGCAGCUGUGAUGUGAAUAUAUUUCUAGUAAUUUGUACAUUAGGUACACGUCUUGUGGCCAUAAUAUAAUCAUAUAGAAAUACUGAGCCAAAAGACACACAGGGAUAAAGACUCUAUAGGCAGGCUUAGUGUUGUUAUUAAAACCAUUUAUUGUAUACAUUAAUUAUAAUAUACAGCAUUUUUUACAGGAUAUCAUAGGUGAAUUAUAGUCAUAUUGUUGUGUAUAGAUGCAUAUUGUUUUUGAUAAAUUUAUAUGUUAUUUCUCACAUAUGUAUUUACUCUCUUGUUGUAGAUCUUUGUUGUAAACCAUUGUUAACUGUCACAUAUACUACUCAUCAAGAUAAUAAGUUUUUAUAUACCAGGCAUCCAGAUGGGAAUGUAAAAUUUUUGAAAGUACGGCUGUGUGCUGUACAUGUAAAUUACUAGAAGACAAGAAAACUACUUGUGAAAAUUUAGCCUGCUUUCAGACACUUUCCAUACAGGAAACCAUAGAGGAUGCAUGUAUGUGCUCACAUAAAUGGGCCGUUCUCUGUGAAAAGGGGGUUUAAUGAAUGUGCCUAAAGUGUCGUCCCAGAUUAGCCUGUGCCAUUUGCACAGGCUAAUCAGGGACAACACCACACCUAAACUUGAUUUUGCUGAGAAGAGACUAACGAAAAGUAUCAUAAAAGUUGAAAGUGUCAUCCCUGAUUAGCCUGUGCAGACUGCACAGGCUAAUCUGGAACGACACUUUACGUACAUUCAUUAAACCCCCUUUUCACAGAGCACAGUCCAUAUGUCUGCCCAUACAUGUAUGUCUAGUCCCCAUGGAAACAUAAUUUGGCAGGCAAGUUUAAAAGUACUUAACACAAAUGAUUGAAGUUUCAAGAGUGUUGUAAAAAUCCAACACUUGUCGCCAGCUCUAAGGUCACACUCACAGGUCAGAGGUAACAAGAAAUAUCUUUAAAAAAGAUAUACGGCGUAAAUAGUUUAAUGAAUGAGAUCAAGGAUAGCGAAUGUCUUUUUCUGUGCAGUUCUUAGCUGCAUCACACGCAGUACGGGAUGUUACGGGGAGUUUUCGCGGCUUAUUUUACAUUAUAACAUAAUGCUGGUCAUAAACCUAUAGAUACAAAACAGAAAACCAAAAGAAGAAUGGAAGUGAAAUUUAAACAUAUGAGUCAACCGGCCACACGAGAAGUAUCCCUAUUUAUAGGCGCGUUCUUCGAAUAAACCUGUUUUAGUGGUUUGUCGGGCAUUGCUAUUUGAUUCGAUUAUUAACAGUAUCAAUUAUCAUCGUGCUAAUGCUUAAAGUGAUAUUAUGGGCAUUUUGCACUGUUGAAUUGAGCUGAAAAGAAUUAACAGGUCAAAAUAGUUAGUUAAAAUGUGGUUACUGAUUAAUUAUCUGCAACUCACCUUGCUACCAGUUGUUUAUAAAAAUAUAUUUUAUAUUCGAUAUUCUUACGUGACCCACCCAGUCCUGUAAGCUGAAAUGAUCCGUAAAACAAUUUCGUGUCUUUGUGUCGUAUGAACAAAUCUGCACUAAAACUAAAUUUAGGUUCAACUCGUAAACGCAUGAUCAGUUGUCAAACGUAAGUACGGUUGAUAUUCAAAUGCAUUAUUUUUCUCUUUCUGGUAUAUUGUUUUAGUAUGAUGAUGCUGCAUUAAUUAAUAUAAGUGUAUAUGAAGUAGAAACAUCAGAAAUAAUCAACGGUUGCGAUAGACACCUAUAAACUGUUACAUGCACAUAAUAUCACUUUAGUACAUUAGGCAAUAUGGACGAAUAAUUAUUGUUAAAUUUAUCAACAAUAAUAUUUAUCAUUGUAUUGUUGAAAACACAUUAAGAAUCUAUUAUUUACAUACCAUAAUUAUAUUGCUGAAUAUCUUCAUUUAACAUGUCUGGUCUAAAGAAAAUUCCAGGUCACCUAGUUCACGGAUAGCGUCUUUAUUAUAUAACGAUUAUUUUACUGGCCGCCAACUCCGGUGAUGACCUGUAUAUAAACUCUGAAUGUCCGCGAAUUGACCCGAUAUACCUCGCGGGUUGAAAUGCAAUGCUUUAAAGUGAGGCCUCGCUUCCAUUGCUCUUUAUACUUUUACAUGUUAACAUGUUGACAGGAAUAAGGAAGUAAGUACUAAAUAUGAGAACAUAGCCUUUUAAGUAUAAACGCUCUUGCGCUGGUAAUACUCUGAAAAUAAAAGGUGUACGCACAAACUGUAUUGAUGUCGAGAAUUGAGUGUAAAACUGUUCUAUCUAUUAAGCCUUUUCAUUCGAGAUAAAAUUGUUUCAUACAGUAAAGCAGUGUUACAAAGACGCGGAUAUGUUUCCAAUGUUCUGGUGGUAUACUCAAAUCAGCCAAUGGAAUAAAUGAAGUGUAUUCAUUCGUACCUAGCCGCGGGAAAUUUUAUUGGAAUUUUAUUGGACACUUACAAAGGUCAGGCUAAGGUGAAAAGCUGGCUUAUGCAGCUUACGCCGAAAAAAUGGGCAAGAAAUGGCUUGUCUGGCCUUUUUUAGGCAAUAUUUAAACAACAUUUCACAGAUAAUCAAAAUGGCAAGGUCACACAACAGGUCAAAUUUCAAAUAUAAGGAAGUAUUCUUGACAAACGGCAGACAUCUAGCAUUAAUUUUGAUUAUAAAACUGUAUUGAGCUCCAUCAGGUUGCACAAAGUGCAUUUAUAUUGCAGCAGUCUUAUAAAUUAGUUGCUUUUACUUUAAAGUGUAAGACUUGUAAGGCAUCUUUGUAUAAUAAUUUACAGAUUAGCUAAAGGUGUAUUCUUUAAGUUUCAGCAUUACUGUGCUUACUUUACAUAAAAUGAACUAUGUGCCUUCAAUAAUUUGUAGUUUUACAAAAUAUGUAUUUGUAUGUGUUCUUCCAAUUUGGAUUGUAUAAUUGGAACAUAAAUGUUGUAGGUAGGGGGAUUUGCAUUGUAUUGUAUUUUUACACUCAUUAAUCUGCUUAAUCCAUAAGACUGAAUUAUAAAAAUAUUUUAGAAGAAUAAUAUUGAAUGUUAAGAAGAUUUAUUUCCAAGUGUAGCAUGUACCAUUUGGCCUUAAAAAUGUGCUUUGUUUUCAUUUUCUUCAUUUCACAAUGUCGUAAAUUGGUUACUGAUUUGAGUGAAGAAUAUUGGUUGAUAUUUACAGUGUACAUUAUUUUACAGGGGGAGAGUGGUACAAUUAAUUAGUUAGUUUAUUGAGUAUCAGUUGCUUGAAUGAAAGGCAACACUUGUUAUACCUUAAAGGUAUUGUAACUGUAAAUAUGCUAUAUUAAAUAUGAAUGUUCAUGUUGUUUACAUGACUAAUUUUAGUAAUGUUGACUUCUUUUGUUAUGUGAUAACAAUCGUUCAAUUUAUUUUAUAAUGGAAUUAUAAUAAGUCAAAUUUACUAGUAAAAUAUUCUCAUUUGUUAACACACCGUGUGAAAUAUUUUUGAAAGGAAAGUUUGAACAACAAACCUGUUAACAUACUGCAGGUGGUUUUGAGAAUUAAUUCAUGAACAUUUCUCUAUCCUUAUUGGCAACACAGUUUAACUCUUUCAGUGCUGGAACCGAAUUUUGAAGGCCUUUGCAAACAGUUUGGAUCCAGAUGAGACGCCAUAGAACGUUGCGUCUCAUUAGGAUCCAAGCUGCUUGCUAUUCUUAUAGUAUUCUUUGAUAAAAAUCGAAGAAAAUGCUAAUUUUAGAAAUUCAGCAGACGACAUUUUAGCAGACGACAAAUUUCCCAGCAUGCAAAGGGUUAAAUUACGAUGUUCAUGAUCAAAAUAGAUCUAUGCAAUCAUCUGCUACUGCAGUACCUUUACAUAAAUUGUAAUUUUAGUUCAUUUACUUGAAAGAUUGUUGUAAUGUUAAGUUAAUAUGAUUAUAAAGAUAUUCAAUGCCUUGUGUUACCUAUUUUCCACCGGUGGUAACUCCUAUGCCACUCUGAGAUUCUCUGCAUAUGCUUUUGUAGUAUCGUCUUAUGAUAAAUAUGUUCUGGCAUUUCCUUUCAAUAAAUAUGUUGUAAAGAAUAUGAUUAUAAAUAUGAGCAAUUGACAAGCUGCAUUUCCUCGAAAUCUCAUGUAUUGGUAAAAGCUGUGAGCCUAACUUGAUGAUGUUUUUUGUUUGUAUACAAUACUUUAGCCACAUCAUAUCAGAAUUUGUCUCAUGCCAUGUGUACCCAGUGUAGCCCCAGAUUAGCCUGCGCAAGUGUGUCAAGGUUUUAUGAUGUCAUGAGCUUAAAAGCCCAUAAACACUAAAAAAAAAAGAAAUAUUUUGUUCAAUGUUUUGAAAAAUCACGUAAAAAAAUCAAUGUUCCUUAUAGCAAUAGCCAAAAUUUCAAUGCUAGAUGUGGUCUGGUAACAUAGAUUUAACGUGAUUAUGAUACAAAAUGCUCGUUUUUAUUUUUAUGUGUCACAAUAUACUCCAUUUGAAUUUCCGGCUUUGAUAUCCGAACAUUUACGAGCCAACAUGAGAUUGGCUUCGGGCAGCUUCGAAAGCAUGAAGUAGUUCUCAUGAAUACUUGUUCUUCAAAUGCUGCCUGAAGCCAGUCUCGUGUUCGCUUGUAAAUGUUCAGAUAUCAUGGCAGGAAUUAAACAUGGAAUAUAUUGUGACACAAAAAAAAACAACAAGCAUUUUGUAUCGUGUUAAACCUAUGUUACCAGACCACAUCUAGCGUUCAAAUUUUGGCUAUUGCUAUAAAGAACAAUGAUUUUGUGUGGGUUAACUUUAAUUUACUAAAUAUUUUGCAAAAUAUUUGUUGAUUUUGAGUAUUUAUGUGGCUUUGAACAAUAGCUACUGACCAGGGCUGGUAUUCAUAAUGCUUCUAAAGGUAAACUUAGGAAAAUACCUUAAAUAAUAAAAAAAUCCUUAAGUCUUUUGCUCUUUCGUUUUGGUGUCUUUUUUUCAUUUAGUUGGUUUAUUUAAGUAAAUUUUGAAUAGAAGAACAGUAUGUAUGCAUUACAAAACUGAAAUCAUAGAAUUUCAAUAGAAAAUUGAAUUUUAAAAUUUUCCCUAAAAUCCAGCUUAUGUUAAGAUUUGACUUAGGAGCUUUAUGAAUACCAGCCCAGUCUAUAUGACUGCUCAGAUGGGUCUGGCACAUAUAUGGCACAGGACCCAUUAUCGCAUGAGGCAUUUCAAGUAUAAUGUGCAUUGAAAACAUGUUCUACUUUCAUUAUUGAAUAUCUUAUUCAUUUCAAAUUAAUCUGUAUCCAUUCUUCUGAUACUGAUAUUUCAAUGAUAACAUUAAAUUUAACUUAUGUAGAACUUUCUCUUCAUUUGUGGGGUUAAACUGUUUUGUAGGAUCCAUGCAUCUCUUUGGUACUUAAAAACGCUUGCUUACCAUGUUAAUAAGGACAUUUUGUUGGAUAUUGUUAUUUUCUGUUACAUUAAACGUAAUGAAUGUGUUUGUAAAUAUUAAAUAUAAUAAACAAAUUUUUCAGUUGUUUAAUCAGUACCAGAAGUUGUUAAUUGUUAUAUGAUAUGUAACAUAAUUGAUCACAUUGUUUUUUAUCUGAGUAAUUGCACCAAUUCAAUGGACCAACAUUGUUAUUAUUUUGAUUGAUAUAUUGUGUUCCUAUUGUUCUUUGUAUUAAGAAAGAAUCAUAUAGAUUAACAAGAUUUUACAGAGGUAUAGUUCAUGCCUAGAACCAUUUAGAUGACCAAGUUUUGACAUGUAGUUCAUGCCUAGAACCAUUUAGAUGACCAAGUUCUGACAGGUAGUUCAUGCCUAGAAUCAUUUAGAUGACCAAGUUCUGACAGGUAGUUCAUGCCUAGAAUCAUUUAGAUGACCAAGUUCUGACAGGUAGUUCAUGCCUAGAAUCAUUUAGAUGACCAAGUUCUGACAGGUAGUUUAUUCCUAAAAUCAUAAAGAUCACCAAUUUUUGACAGGUAGUUCAUUUCUAGAACCAUUUUGAUGACCAAGU